UGUGUCCUUGGGGAUAGUACUCCACGGAUUUUAGUGUAUUCAAAUGUCGUUACUACUGUUUGGAAUUCUUGCUGCUGUUUUUGGUUGUGCCUCAUGUUCCGAACAGGAGUAUCGCUUAACGAAACACCUCCUCGAGGGCUACGAUGCGGGUGUCAGACCUGCCAAGAACUCAUCGCAACCGCUGGUUGUUAUUUUCGGUCUCUCGCUUCAUCACAUCAUCGACGUGGACGAGAAGAAUCAGAUUCUCACAACGAAUUGCUGGCUGACGCAAAUCUGGACGGAUCAUCAUCUCAGGUGGAAUGUCUCCGAGUUUGCGGGGAUACAAGUGAUUCGGGUCCCUUACAAUCGAGUCUGGAGGCCGGAUACUAUUCUUUAUAACAAUGCAGACCCCCAAUACAGUUCUGCCGUGAUAAACACAAAUGUCAUCGUGAGUCACACAGGUGAAGUCGUGUGGUUGAGCCACGGAAUAUUCCGAAGCAGUUGCAACAUCGACGUCGAGUUCUUUCCCUUCGACGUACAGACUUGUGCAUUAAAAUGGGCAUCGUGGACCUACGACGGUUACCAGCUGGAAUUAGAGCGCCAGAGCGAACAAGGGGAUGUGAGCAACUAUCAGGCGAACGGUGAAUUUGAUCUCGUUGAUUUUACCGCACAACGUAAUGUGCAGUACUACUCGUGCUGCACCGAGCCUUAUCCAGACAUCACCUACGAGAUUAGACUGAGACGUCGACCCAUGUUCUACGUCUUCAACUUGAUUUUGCCGUGUAUAUUGAUCAACGGAAUUGCGCUUCUGGUCUUUUACGUGCCAUCCGAAUCGGGGGAAAAAGUCACUCUGGGGAUCUCCGCGCUACUCUCGAUGACUGUUUUUCUGAUGACUAUAAGGGAAACUCUACCGCCUACUGAGAAAACUCCACUCAUCAGUCUCUACUACGGAGUGAGUAUCUGCCUGGUAUCUUUUGCCUCCGGUCUGGCAGUGGUCACCCUCAAUCUUCAUCAUCGAGGGGUUCGUGGGACAGGGGUUCCGGCUUUCCUCAAAUCCCUGGUUUUGCGAAAAUUAGGAAAAAUUCUGUUUUUCAAUUUUAAACAGAAAGAGUCAACUUCAACUUGGAAUCGAGAAUCGACUCAAUCAGCAAGAAGAAGACAAGGCUGUCCACUUCACUGCUCUAUGGAGUUGCAGCAGGCGUCUCCAAAAAUAGUAACAAGCCGUACGGGCAGUAACAACAGCAGUUCCAGCAUAGACCUAGGGGCAGAAACGAGCCUCGAGCUCCACUGGUCGCGCAUUCUCACACGUGUACACGCGACAAUCGAGCGAAACGAGAGGAGAUUGACCGACCAAGACAGACGUGAGCAAGCAGAAUUGGAGUGGAAGCAGGUGGCCCUGGUGAGCGAUCGUGCAUUGCUCUGCGUCUUCUUCCUAACGACUGCCAUCAGCACUGCGGUGAUCCUCUGCGGUGCUCCCACCAUCGAAGACGGAGCGAAGAAGGGCUGAAGUGCUCCCCCAAAAAUAUCAUCAAGGUUCUCGUCAAUAAUCUUCAAGUUCGAUGUAAAUAUCAAUGAAAAAGACUUAUCUAGGAUCUCACACAUAUUCAUAAUUCAUUCUGCGUCACGUUAAGGAUUAAACGCAACAAUAAAAUCGAUCGACAUUAGAAUACAGAAGCGUUGAAUCAGUGUCUUUAGCUCAUGGUUUAUUUUUUGGAAAAUUAUUAUUUUAUUAUUAUUGA